GUUUCAUUAUUCUUCGUUUGCUGGUUUUCCUGUGUCGGUCAAGGACAUGUACUGGUUUACAUUGCAUGAUGGGAUCUUCACUUCCGUCUUCUUCAAUGUCGUUGUGGGACGUGUAUCGAUUGUUUGAAGGCCUCUGGAAGCGACCUAGUUCGACCACGAUGGAUUUUCAAGUUCCUUGGGCUGCUCGACAUGACCGACAAAAAGUCGAUCUAGCUUUCAUUGUGGACUGCACGGGAUCAAUGGGCUCUUACAUUAGACAAGCGCAAAAACACAUUCGAACCAUCGCGGAGACGGUGUCAAGAACUGCAUUCAGUGUGAAACUUGCGUUGGUCGAGUACAGGGACCAUCCUCCACAAGACUCAACAUUUGUGACUAAAGUUCACGAUUUUACCUUUUCUGUGUCUGAAAUGAAGACUUGGGUGGAUGGGAUGAGUGCUAAUGGUGGUGGAGACGGGCCCGAAUCAGUUGCUUGCGCCUUGGUUGACGCUGCCACUAAACUUAGUUACAGAAAAGACGCCACUAAGAUGUGUGUUCUCAUUGGUAAGUAAGGAUGCUAAUCCUUCCUAACAUCCUAGACGCAGUUGGCUUCCAGCUUCGGAAAAUAGGGGGAAUCAAUUGCUCUCGUAAACAGCUCAAGGACAAUUUUAAAUUUUCCCCGGUCAGUUUUGUUGGAAAUAGAGGUUGGCUAGGGGGAGGGGGUGGGGGAGGGGAAGGGAGAGGGGGAGGGGGUACUGUUAGCUAAGGAAGUGUAACUCGUCCUUGUGGGCCUGAUGCUUCCAAAUUCAUUUUUAGCAAGUAUUGUAAUAAAAUUGGACAUGAAGAGACAAAGCUCUGAUCACAGACUUAAGGUAUCAGCCACCCUUAAAAUUGCCAUUUUUCCAUAUUUGAGGUUUCAACGUUUUCAAAUAGAUAUGCUUCAGAGCUUUCUUUUAAAAAAAAAAUUAGAAAAAAAAUAUUAUUUCUGUCGAAAGAUAUCGGGGGUAAAAGAUUUUUUCUCGUUAAUUAUCUUAAUUGAUCGUUGACAAGAUCUUUCAUACUCGUGUCAUAUAUCAAUUAACUUGUCUGUUAACUAGUAACGUGAUACCAAGUGCGUGCUUCGACACAACACGUGCGAAUUGUCUUCGCGUUGUUUAUAGCCUUUAGAUUUAGCGUUUGCUUCGGUGAAAAUGCCGCCAAAAAAAAAAAAAAGGUCGUGUCCGUUUUCGUCAUCGAAACCUAGAGUGAAAAGAAAAUCGAAGAGCGAGUUUGACAAAGAAUGGGCCGCAAAAUUGGCAGAGAGUGACAAAUUCUCAUUUUAUCAGCAAGAGAAGUGGCUCGAGGGGUUGGAUAUUCAGAAAAGUGAAAAUGCUGCAGUUGCUGAGAGUGCAAGCCGCUCCAAAAUCCAGCUUGAAGAGCCAGACGAAGAAAGCCAGUUAAGCUCAUCGACCCCAUCUGCUGAUGGAACGUGGAAAACAAUAAGCGGUCGAGCUAUCGUAUCGAGCGAAAAGCUGCUUGAGAAACUGGACGAGUCUGUAUCUUGUCGAUUUUGCCAGGGAAGAGUCCAAGUCAUGGAAAAUGUAGCGACUAAGCAUGGACUUGGUUCUACCUGGAGAAUCCAGUGCGAGAAUGAAAGCUGUUCGUCGCACAAGACAAAUUCUGUUUUCAUUCUUCCGAGAAGCGCAUAGCGUUUGAAAUAACCGGGCCUCAGUUCUUGGCCUUCGAGCAAUCGGUGGUGGACAUUCGGCGCCUUCAAAGUUUUUUAGUUUCCUUGGCCUGGCGCCGAUUAACAAAAACGCCUGGGCGGAUCAUACAAAAAAGAUCGAAGGAGAGGCAAAACUUUUGCUCGAGAAAGAAUUAAACCGUGCUUCUCGUGGCGUGGUGUGUUGUUACUGUUACAUGUUACCUGUCAAAGUCCUAUUGUUAGAGAAAAUUGAUCCCUCUCUGAUAUCAAUCAGAAUAAACAUUCAGGUGUUAUAAUCUCAUUCCAGGUAGGAUGCCGCCAAAAAUGUAUUUUCUAUUUUAUCUCCGAACGCAAAUUUUGCCGAUCGACUCGUACGUUUUGAACUCCAAGUUGGCAGCCUUUCAAUCAAUUUGGCUAAAAUUCGGCCAGAGUGAUGCCAUAUAUCUCUUCUACAAAACCGUGUCUGCGAAUUUUAAUACUCCUUUUCAUUUUAAAGCUAGAGCUUUUUUUCCACAGGGAGUGUUGACUAAUUACCUUCCCCAACUUCAUUUGUUAAUAAAAGAAAAACAAAUGCACUUGUCAAAAAUCUGAGACACGGUUUUUUGUGGAACGUGUUGAGAAGCGAAUACGGUGUUAAUUGUUUUCUUCCGUUUAUUUUCGGCGGGAGUGGAACAUGAUUUAUAGAGAUGUGUACUUGUACACAAAGCGUUCCAAUUUCGGAACACAUUUAAGUAAAUGGUUUUUGUUAGUUCAAAUCCAUAAUCUGGAAUUAUUAAGCUUUUAAAAAAUAUAUGGUUUAUAGGGGUUUUUAUAAAAACAACUAACGCUACGGCGAUCCGCGUGCGGACGGUCCUGAAGGGUGGCUGAUACCUUAAUUAACAGAAAAAGCACAGAAAGGCAAUUAACAGAAAGGCCAUAAAAAAACUUAACUUGGAGCUAGCCAGUUAGCAGGUAAAGACUGAUUGUAAACUGCAAAUACAGGUGCCUCUCACCGCAGGCUACCUUUUGCUGGGAUGUUUCAUGAGAGGCGACUGCAUUUACCCAUCCAUACUGAUGGUGUGAACUUGUCCAGAAUCUUUGUCCAGAUUUUGCCGAAAAACACAUUUUGAAGCUAGUUGAGCGGUCUUCUGGUCACUGUUUUCUGGUUUUCUGGUUCUCUCCUCCCCUCUUCUUUUGCUUUUCUUGCCUCAAUUUUUUUCUCUUGCUGGGCAUUUAGUAGGCUUCAUUUUGGUGGGAAAAGUUUUUACAAAAAGUUUUUAGGAUCUUAGGAUUAUAGAAGGAAAGGUAGGUGGGUAGUGGUACAAGAUUUUCAUGGAAAUUUUUGGGUCAAUGUUACAUGGUUUUUUUGCUUUUUUAUCCGGUGUCCUUGAGUGAAUUGUGCUCUUUCUGGUAUGGUUUGAAAGAUCUGUUCACUCUGUACAAGUUAGCACACAAAGUUAUUCGUGAUCAUUUAAACUGAUGAUGUCACAAGCAGUAGAAGGGAUGUGGAUCUGCAUGGGCGGUUACGGGUGGCUUAGAGGCAAAUGUGUCAACAAAUGUGGCUUAUAAUCCCCACCUUGUUAUGAGCCCAUCUACCUUUACUAAACAAUAAAAUACAUCCUAUUAUAAGCUCCCCCCAGAUAUAAGCCCCCUCCAGAUGUAUUGAAUGAAUUCUUAUUUGUUACGACCUUUUGCAGCUUAAUUAAAAACCAGUAAUGCUAAACUAAUUUCAAGCAGCAGUGCUAUAGCUUGUUUAUUUCAGUUUUAACCCCCCUCAGGUAAAUAUAAGUCCUCUUAAAACCCGGUAUACCAUGUUCCCCUUAUCAGGUGGUAACCAGUAAAAUUUACCUUCUGAAACAACACUUCUUACCACCUGCGACCUCUUGCAGGUUUACUAAAAUGAAAAAAAAGUGGAUUUUGAAAAAAGAAAGUUGUGAUCCAAUCCGCUUCUCAAAAGGAAAAUGAAUAAACAGAUAUGGAAAAGUACUUAAGUAUACAUGUACACAGCUUUUCUUUUUGUGGGUUGUGGGUUUUGAAGACAGAGUAAAGUUAUUUGAAUCAAACGUUUUAAAUUGUUGCCUUUGGCGCACAUUUUUUGCCUUACUGGCUUUGAAUGGUCCUUUACGUGCUGAGCUAUAAUUUAUGGAGAACAUUGUGUAUAAUCCCAGGGCUUUUAAGCAGAAACAUGUGUAAUCAUCUUGACAGAAACUGCUGAGAUUAACGCUGCUAGUCAUCCACAGUGAACUGUUUAAAACUCUUGAUUUUUACAUUGAUCCCUUUAGCUGAUGCUCCUCCCCAUGGCCUUGGAAUAGAUCAUGAUGGCUUCCCCGAAGGUUGUCCUUGUAGGAAUGAUCCAAUGAAAGCUUGCAAAACCAUGGUUGAAAGUGGAAUAGUACUCUACUCUGUUGGGUGUGAACCUGCUAUCUUGUCCUAUAAGGAUUUUUUUAUGGGUCUAGCAUUCAAAACAGGAGGACAGUAUGUGCCACUUUCAAGAGCUCAAGCAUUGUCACAGGUAAAUGUCUUUUUAAUGCNCCCCUCAGGUAAAUAUAAGUCCUCUUAAAACCCGGUAUACCAUGUUCCCCUUAUCAGGUGGUAACCAGUAAAAUUUACCUUCUGAAACAACACUUCUUACCACCUGCGACCUCUUGCAGGUUUACUAAAAUGAAAAAAAAGUGGAUUUUGAAAAAAGAAAGUUGUGAUCCAAUCCGCUUCUCAAAAGGAAAAUGAAUAAACAGAUAUGGAAAAGUACUUAAGUAUACAUGUACACAGCUUUUCUUUUUGUGGGUUGUGGGUUUUGAAGACAGAGUAAAGUUAUUUGAAUCAAACGUUUUAAAUUGUUGCCUUUGGCGCACAUUUUUUGCCUUACUGGCUUUGAAUGGUCCUUUACGUGCUGAGCUAUAAUUUAUGGAGAACAUUGUGUAUAAUCCCAGGGCUUUUAAGCAGAAACAUGUGUAAUCAUCUUGACAGAAACUGCUGAGAUUAACGCUGCUAGUCAUCCACAGUGAACUGUUUAAAACUCUUGAUUUUUACAUUGAUCCCUUUAGCUGAUGCUCCUCCCCAUGGCCUUGGAAUAGAUCAUGAUGGCUUCCCCGAAGGUUGUCCUUGUAGGAAUGAUCCAAUGAAAGCUUGCAAAACCAUGGUUGAAAGUGGAAUAGUACUCUACUCUGUUGGGUGUGAACCUGCUAUCUUGUCCUAUAAGGAUUUUUUUAUGGGUCUAGCAUUCAAAACAGGAGGACAGUAUGUGCCACUUUCAAGAGCUCAAGCAUUGUCACAGGUAAAUGUCUUUUUAAUGCCACUUUGUUUUCAUUUUCAAGGGUGGCUAAAUACUCCAUACUGUUACCCAUGAGUGGAAACAAAUUGCCUGAACUGUAAGUAUCCAGGAGAGUCCCAUACAAUUUACUGUAACAUUGUUACAGUAAAUUGUAUGGGACUUUUGGAGCACCUCAGGCAGUAUCCGAGCGAGGUGUUAUAAUCCUUUUCUUAUGACACAAAUUUGAUAAUUAAUUUCCUCUAUACAAAUGCGAUUACUGGUCUAUACUUGUCAUCAAGUUGUAAUAAGUGCGUCUCAAUUUUCGCGAGAACAAUGAGGCUUUUUUUUAUUUACUGCCAUCUGGUUCUCAGCAGCACGUACUUUGGGAAAUGAGAUAAAAAAUUAUUUGACUCAAUAGUCAGUGCUGUUUUGCAAAAACGCCUGGCGCAAUACGGACAUAUUCAGUUUCUUCCAAAGCUGUCAUGACUAAGUUGUAAUGCCGUCACAACUAAAAUAAAUUAAGUUCAUAUUGCCAAAAAAAAAUGACUGUGCUAACCAAAGUAAAAUUAUUCCUUUUGACGAAUACAUUUUUUUCGCUCGCCAUGAAUUAAGCCGCGAAAACAAAAAUGAAAAAACAGAACCAGAUCAAAAAAAUAAAUGAUGAAAUCACCAAAAAACCAUCUUGGGAGAGUUGUAGGGAUUUUAUCAGACUUGUACCCAGUCGCUAUUUAUGUGUUUUGGGGGUGAGAGAAGAUUGGGGGUUAGUGUGAGGUGCGCAUGGGGUCUCAGUACAUGAAUGGAAGAGUCAUCUAGAAAUUUUCAGCCUUCCUCAAGCUAUAGAAAAUUCUAGGCAAUUUCUGCCUCUCCGAACAGAUAUUUCAGAGAAAACAGUCGUUGGGUGCCCCUGAAUAAAUACAAGCUCGCUGUUCCAAAACCCCACACCGAAUUUUAUAAAAGAAGCCCUUCUCUUAGCGGAAAUGUGUUGUGGAAGAUCUUGACUUUGGAGGUGCGGCAAUUGACAUCCCUUUAUGUUUUUAAAGGAAAAUUAAAACAACCUUAAUUUAGAGAUAUGUAAUAUUUUCACAUGGCCUCCUUGUAAAGCAUCCUUUUUAUUAUUAUUACUUUAGUACCUGAACGAAAUACCAUGUAUAAAUUACGUUACCUUACCUUAUCUUACCUCUGUGAUGUGCGUAAAUGGUUUUAGACAAUAUGCUUCCUCUGGCUAUCAAUGGUGUGUGUUAAAACAAUGUAUCUAGCGAUAAAGAAGUAGCCAAAUGCAAUUGAAUUUAAGUGUCCACUGAAUAGGGGUUCGUUAUAAAGGAAAAUAUGAGACGUUUAUUUCGGGUAAGUUAGUUAAUUCUCAUCUGCAUCCAAGUAUGUGAGACUGACCGCAGUAAACAAUUUGUCACUCGGGGUGAUUGCAUAAUAUAAGCCAAAAAAGCUAAAGCGCUGUCCCAAAUAAGCGCCGUCUAGUGUAAUCUCUUUCAGUUCCUGUCAUGCAACGUAGAAAAAAAAGAGUCCCCCUGCCCAAAGACUAUAAAAUCCUAAUAUCACAGUGACUGAACAUUUUUUUUAUUUGAUUUGUGGCCAAAGCAGUGUAGUUAUAAUGUGACAGUCCUACAAAUGACAAACUGGGAUGCAGCUUAAAAGAGGUUUCACUGUAUUCUUAAUAUUUGUUUGUUCUUUUGUUUAUUUUUGUUAGUUUUUGUUACCAUUAUGAUUUAUAGGACAUUAAACAGCUCAUUAUUUGCAAGUAGUUUUAACAUGCCACUUGCCCAGAGACAAGUUAAAUUGUCAAAAAUUUUUGUUGGACCCUGAUACAGAGAGAAAAACUAAAAGCUGAUUUCAUUGUUUUGUGUUUUUCUUUGUUUGAUCACUACUGUAGUUUAUAAUAAAUGGAACACUUGAAGAAGUUUCUCAGGAAAACCUCUUCUGCCACCUAAAGUGCAGCCUAUGAUUGUUAGGUCUACCUUAAGAAUCACUGGGUCACACUACACUCAUGGGUGUGCCACCUUAAGUGCAGCCUAUGUUUGUUAGCUCUACGUAAAGAAUCACUGGGCUACACUACACUCAUAGGUGCACCACCUUAAGUGCAGCCUGUGUUUGUUUGUUAGCUCUACCUAAAGAAUCACUGGGUUACACUGCACUCAUGGGUGUGCCACCUAAAGUGCAGCCUAUGUUUGUUACCUCUACCUAAAGAAUCACUGGGUUACACUGCACUCAUGGGUGCGCCACCUAAAGUGCAGCCUAUGUUUGUUACCUCUACCUAAAGAAUCACUGGGUCACACUACACUCAUGGGUGUGCCACCUAAAGUGCAGCCUAUGUUUGUUAGCUCUACCUAAAGAAUCACUGGGUUACACUACACUCAUGGGAGUACCACCUUAAGUGCAGCCUGUGUUUGUUAGCUCUACCUAAAGAAUCACUGGGUUACAGUGCACUCAUGGGUGCGCCACCUUAAGUGCAGAAUAUGUUUGUUAGCUCUACCUAAAGAAUCACUGGGUUACAGACCUAAAGCUCGCAUUUGGCUUGCGCUCUCUUUAAAUAAAAAGAGAAAGCUACAGUCUGUUUCGCCAAAAAUCAAGCUUUGUUUUCCCUAAAUUUUACACCAUAUUUUGCCCCAAAAGACGUUAAAGUUCCAUGAAAGAAGAGUUUUUUGCUAGGGUUAAACAAGUUUGGCUUUCAUGAGUUUCAAUACAAAGGUGCAAAGCUGUGCAAGAAAUUAUCAACAUAAUUACAUAGCACACAAACAUUGUCAUCUAACUCCUUGCACAUAGCUGGAAUAAGCCAAGUAGUGAAGCAUAUAACGAAUGGUCUCGAUAACUAAAUGAUACUUAAUUUUGCAAAAGAAACUUUUGUUCGUAUCCGUGUUACCCAUCGAAAAAGCGAGGAGUUAUCGCAUGACAUUAGGUAUAACAGAGGUAAUACUCACGGGUUUCACGGUUCUAUGCACUAUUUUUUGCCAGGAAACAAACUUCAAUUCUUACCUUACAGUAGUUGGUUUUUUUACCUUGCAUUCGACGUCAAAUGAAAGGCAAACAAAGCGAUGAAAUCCUGCACUCUUCUUUUACAAAUAGCAAGUCGCACGAAGUAAAAUCCACCGAUAUACACUGCACUCUCACUACAAAUAUAAACAAAUGUUGUGGAGAAAAAACAACGAGGACAAAAGAAUGCCAGAUCUUCGCCUUGGCAAUGUUUUCCAGAUACCAAGCCGGUGUAUCUUCAGAACAUGGACUCGAACUGGGACAAACCUUGUGAUUUUUUUAGACGCCGUUUGCGCACAAACUAAUUUAUUCUGGCUCAAAAUGAAAAUUAACAAAAUGUAUAAAGAAACCUAAUACACGACAAGAAAAUUUUUGCACUUUCGAGGAGCGUGACAUAUUAAAUGGGAUUAAGUCGGAUUAGGUACCUGCAGAAAAAACAUCUCUGCGUGGGAUUGUAUACUUCCAGUAAAGGCAAUUUUGUGUCCCCUCAUGAUCUGCAGGAUCCUUCACUAAGGACAAAUACGAGGAAUUUGUAGAAAGAGUGCAAUAAGCAUCAUAAUAAAUUUUUCACUGUUAUCUUUUGAUAUUACCUGAAUUCUUGGUAAGCUAAGUCAUUACAUAGUAAAAUGCAGUUUCAUGCAAUUUAAUACAGUUCACAGCAAGGAGUGCCAGCUCCUGUGGUCAGUCAGGUAUCAGUUUGAUUGCGCGAUCAGCCUAUGAUUGCGUCAGCUCCAUGUGCUUGGUACAGUGUUACUACAGUGAAACCUCUAUUAAGACACAUUCGGGACCUUCCCAAGUGUCUGCUUAAUAGAAGGUGUCCACUUAAUAGAGGUUUGUAAAAAUUUGGCAAUGUUUGUUAACGACAAUUAACAUUCAACGGCUACUCUGUACUGUGAUAAAGUUCCAUGUUGUUAAGGAACCUAUCCAGAGUUCAAGUUCAUUACCUAUCACUACCAACUUUAUAACUGUUUGUAAAUGCAAAAACAUGAACUGAAUUAUUAGAAUACAGUACGUAUUUCAAGGAUGUAAUCCAAUACUACUAUUGUCAAUUCAGUCCGUCGUCUGUUUAAUAGAGGUUUUUAAGAAUAGAAAUUAGCCAAAUGCAAUUGAAUUUAAGUGUCCACUGAAUAGGGGUUCGUUAUAAAGGAAAAUAUGAGAUGUUUAUUUCGGGUCCCAGCUUGUAGUGUCCACAUAGAGGGUGUCUGCUUAAUUGGGGGCAGCUUAAUAGAGGUUUCACUGUAUUCUUAAUAUUUGUUUGUUCUUUUGUUUAUUUUUGUUAGUUUUUGUUACCAUUAUGAUUUAUAGGACAUUAAACAGCUCAUUAUUUGCAAGUAGUUUUAACAGGCCACUUGCCCAGAGACAAGUUAAAUUGUCAACAAUUUUUGUUGGACCCUGAUACAGAGAGAAAAACUAAAAGCUGAUUUCAUUGUUUUGUGUUUUUCUUUGUUUGAUCACUACUGUAGUUUAUAAUAAAUGGAACACUUGAAGAAGUUUCUCAGGAAAACCUCAUGGGAUAUGUAGAAGAUUUUCUGCAUGUGGAACUAGCUAAACGAAGAGCUGAGAAACUGAGAACUACUGUAGAUGACCUUGCUGGCGAACUUGAAAAACAUCUCAGCAUCCGAAAUGUCAGCUGCCAGCAAUUGCAUUGUAACAACAUGGCCCUAGAAUCAGCCACACCCAUGGCAAAGAAAAUUGCUGGGAAGAAUAGCUUGGCUGAUGUACGAGAGUUGUUAAAAGGUGGCAGUCCAGUGGAUUAUAACACAAUCUACAAUCAAAGGGUAACAACAGUUGAAGUAACCUUAGCCACUUCUGCCUCUCCUACACGAGAUGUGUGUGAGAGGUUACUUAUGAAGGAGCUAGGGAGAAGCAAAGUGCCAGUUACACAUGAUGAACGUACUGGUGAACUAGUCCUUUUUGACACUAUUGACAUAAAUAUGUUGGACUGAACUUGUUGAUGUUAUAGUGUUAAACUAAUGAUGCGAGUCCAGGCUUCAGGUGAAAACCCAGGAUGCCAAUGCAAGCCUGUCCCCGGUUCUUUUUCCUACACAUCAUUCAACAGCUGGAAUUUAUCAGAAUAUCUGGAAAGUUUUUUUUGUGAAUAUUAUGCCUAGUUAAAUAGUACAGUGGAGUUCCCUAUUCCAGCAUAAGAACAAAUUUUAAUCCCAUCAUAAACUUGAAAAUGUGGCAAGGAAAAGUAGAUGUAGCAAUGUAUACUGCCUGCGCAGAAAUGACCUUGGUACUUAAAAAAAUUUUGAGCAUAAAAAAGAACUAUGUCUAUGUCAUGCAGGGCCACUCAGUCUUGAAAAGUCCCUGAAUUUUAGUUGGGGUGCUUGAAAAGUCCUUGAAUUUCUGUGUUAGUCCUUGAAAAGUACUUGAAUUGUCUUGAACUUUGAAAUUUACGUAGUGGGGUCGAAAGUAAAUUGCUUCUGUUAGACUUUGGUAUUCUUUUCCUGUAUUAAGCGACUUUAAACACUGUAAAAGCAGUUUAUAAAGAGAAAUUGAGAAGCAAAGUAAUCCAGUUCAAAGGUCAGUCAAAUGCAGAUUUUCUAGUGAUUGUGUGUCCAACUCUUAAUUUGCCUUACAUGUAUUUUUAUUACGAGUUCCAUGCUUCAUUGGCUUCUUCGGCAAAUAAUGUCGGGAAAGCGUUCUUUUAAUGCUCGUUUAUAUUUACCAAAGAAAGAAAAAUGUUGAGAAGGAGAUGGGACGAACACUUGAGGGCUUAAAAUUCUCUUAGCUUAGACUGGGAAAGUGCAUUUUUGUACCAUGAUCUGUGAAAUUACAUGUUUGCUAGUAUAGUGUCCUUGAAAAUUUGAUGUCGUCCUUGAAAAGUCCUUGAAAACUGGUUGCAUUUUUUUUAUGAACCCUGUCACGCACAUGUAUUAUGACACUCAUCACUCAUUGAUAAUUAUUAUUCAUUGGAUGUGGAAUCAAAUGUGUUUUUAGGUUGUACCUCUUGAGCUAUUGUUAAACCCGUUAAGUCCCAAUAGUGACCAACAUCAAUUUUCUCCCAACAAUAUGGAUCAUGCAUGUCAAAGGAAAUGGUUAUGGGAAUUAUUAAAAUGAUCUCCUAAGAGAAAUUCCUUUGAUCUUUUAUCAAAUUCUCUCAACCAAUUAUUAAGGAAAUAUAUAGAGAUCAGUUUGGGGAAUUUGUAUGUGGAUAUUGGGGCUUAAAAGGUUAAUAGCAUUAUAGCAUCCAUGCAAAGCAAGACUUCAUGUAUACAGUUUUAAACUGGGUUUUCUUUUUGUCAAGUUGAGUAGUUUUACAUACAGCUUAUCUUGUAAAAUUGAACCAAUAAUUAAAUUAUUUUACUGAGUGAUGUCAUAUAUUAUGUAGACCUUUUUGCUUUGUUUGUUUGUUUGUUUUUUGCUUUGGUUUGCUGGGUCAGGCACUGGCAACUUUGUUUGUAGAUAGAACACUCCUUAAAAUAUGUACAGUGUUGGUAGUUUUAAAGCCCUUUCCAUGGCUCCAACAGCCCACUUCUGUUACACUCUUUUCCUCCGUUACGUGAUUUCUUCUCUGUUUUGGUGAUUUAUAUUAAAUGAAAUGCUUUUAAGUGACCUUCAGAGAGGUGCUUCUCUGGGGCAAGCGUUUUGAUUCAUUUUCAGGAUCAAUGUUUGUAUUUUAAAUUUUUUGGCAGAAUAAUUAAGGUGGUAGGCUAAGUGAAACAUUUUAAUUCGUUGUUUGGUUUCCCUAAGAGCUGAGGGAUAAAUUUUAAACUUUUACUUACAUUUAAAUCACUUAUUGAUUUAGCAAGGCCUUAUAUGGAAGUACUGUUAGUUCAUUAUAGACCAACAAUGAAUCUGUGUUCUGCAGAUAAAGGACUCUUAGUACAAACUAAAUACAACCUUAAAACCUGUCGUUACAGAGCUUUAUUACACGCAACUCCUAAGAUAUGGAAUUCCAUGCCGGUCAGGUUACGCAUGUUGUGAGCUGAGUGCUUUCAAAUCAAAAAUUAAAACAUUUCUUUUAAGGGGUGCUUUUCAGUUGUAAUUUCAUGUUUUUUUUAUUAUUAUUAUUUUUCAUUCAUUUAUUAUGUUUUAUUUAUUUAUUUAUUUUUAACAAUUAAGUCAUUGUAAUAUUUUAUUAGGUUUAUUACUAUUAGUACUGAUUGUAAAGCGCUUUGGAUUACUGAGAGAAAGGCACGUAUAAGUGUAUAUUAUUAUUAUUAUUAUUAUUAAUUAUUUUGAUUAACCUUUUAGAGAGGGCAUCUCAGAACUUAAUUGGAAGACCCCUCUCUCACCCUCUUGCAUUGGUUUGAUCCAUUAAUAUUGCCUUGCAUGUUAAUUUCUUUUGAUUCUUUAGUUUUGCAUUUUUUUCUUUUGUUCUAGUAUGUAUUUUUUUUUCUGGCUGUUCUGGUUGUACACAUUCUCCCACAUAUGGGUUUUUUGUAUGGAUUUUUUCCCCAACUCCUUUGAUUCACUCUACUAAACGUCUGUCCCUUUACUCACCAGGCAUGCUAAUUAAAAUUAAAAUUCCUUUACUUCCAUCACUGAAAAAUACAAUCAAUUAACAUUAAUUAAUACCUGAAAAAGCUGACCCACCUAGCCCAGAAAGGAGCGAAUGUGGUCAUAAAUAAUUAUUAAAACCUGAAAAAUCCCCAUAGAAUAAACUCAAAAUUAUCCCAUGUAAGAACGGAAGUAAUGUAAAUCAAAGUAAAGCAGGCUAGCAUCCAUGCUGCAAGGAAUGUUUAAUGAAAAUAUUUAAAAACAUAGGAAAAUAAAUAAUAAAAAACACCCCCUCUGAAUACAAGUACAACACUUUUCAACUCAAGCAUCUCCCUCCUACCCUAAAACAUUUUUAGUAGCUAGAAUCCCCGAAAAAUGCCACUUUCCUCUUUGUCAGCCUAAAUCCAGAGCACUCAGUCUAGGCGAAUCCCUUCUGAUGUGUUUACAUUUUUGCUCAUUAUCAUACAAGUUUACCUGUAAAAAAAAGUAUCGCCAUAUAUGCAAACAAGGUUUAAAAGUUGAAAGAGCUGGUUAAUUUGAGCAGUUUGUACAAUUUUUAGAUCUUUACCAUUUUGGGCUCAAGUUUCCUGCUCAAAUCAACCAACUCUUUUGAUCCUUGUUUGUUUUAAGUGAAAUAAAUCUAUCUCUGAAUAUUGAAUGAGGCUGGCGUAACAAUUAUUGUUAUGCCAGCCUCAUACCAUAUUCAGAGGUUUUAAUUUAUUUGCUUUAUCAGAUAAUGUUAUGCAUAUGUUAUGAGGUAAAAAAUUAAUGUGAAACAAUGAUUAACCUAUCCCCGUACCCUAUUGGUAAACCGGUUUUACCCUCCCACCCCUCUCUCUACCAGGCUCCCAGCGCAUCCUUCUUCACAGAAUGCAUCCCGCGCCGUGUACAAACAACACUUCCGCGACUCAGCAACUUCGUAGCAUGAGUUUCUCUAUCGCCUUGCUACGAUUACGUAGAGACUCGAUAUAAUAUUGAAAACAGCUCAAAAGUAACCAUGUUCUAGGUAAGAGUCGAAAGCUAAAUGAAGCUACGAAUUCUUCUUCUGGGAUCGGGUUAUGUUACUCGACCAUGGCUACCGCUAGUUGUCGGAGAGCUCUGUUAGAUCCUUUCCAAACGUUCUUGGAGCGACUUUCACAGGAAAUUGAAGAAGAACAGCUGGAUAGUUUGAAAUUCUUGCUUGAAAAGCAUAUUCCGGCUGGCACUUUGGAAAAAUGCACAUCACCAAGGAAACUGUUUAAGUGUAUGAAGCAGAAGAGUCUUUUGGGAUACAAUAAUUUAGACUUCCUCGAGGACCUUUUAAAGGUAGCUCAGCGAUCAGAUCUUGCAGAGAUUGUUGAAGAUUUUAAACGGCAACCAACAAUGGAAAUUGACAGUGGAUAUCCAGGUAACUAUGGGAUAAUUAAUUAUGUUUAUGCAGGGCUUUCAGUAAGUUUUUGAGUAGCAGGCUGUGAUGGAAAAGUAGGCGUCUUGGGGGGUCUGGGGGCAUGCUGCCCCAGAAAAUUUUGAAACCUAGACACUCAGAAAUGCCAUUUCCAGCAUUUUCCAAGAGGUAUUUUCCUCUAAAAAGGCAAGGGAAACGAGGCAUAAGACGGUCCACAUAUAACAGAUAUUGGAUGUUUAUUACUAUUUAGAUUAUUAUUUGCAAGGUUCACACAAAUUCAACAGGUUUGAAGUUUAAGGCUUUACUGUUCAAUCUCAUCUUAAUUAGCUGGUGCAUCUGCUGUAGAACUUGAUUUUUGCUAGCCUGCGAAAACAUCCGUUUCUCCUCGCUCUUCACCGCUGGGGACAUUUUGCGCGGAGGAACUUCUGCGACUCAGCGACAGAAAUUCCAUACUGAUGACGUAAAAUCUGUCCGGAAUCCGGUCAGAAGCGCUGAUUGGUCGACAGAGUAGUUACAUUGUUUUAGCUAUUGUUUAUGAACGACAGUCUUGACAGACUAAAGACAAAAGGCCCCAGAGGUCAAAUGUAAAUGUGAAGAAUCUCUUACAAAACAGUCAAUAUUUGUGGAAUAUAGUCUUCUCUAGAAGAAGUGUUUGAGUUUUGCUGGAGCUCGUUGGCAGAUAAACACGACACUUUAUCAAAAUCGACCAGAAGACACAUAAAAUUGGGCAAAUUUAUAUUUGGAACCCCAUGACUACCGGACUUAUUAUGUAAACAUUGAUUUGCGUCACCAGGAUGGGAUUUCUGUCACUGAGUCACAGACGUUCCUCUGCACGAAACGUCCACAGCUACAAAGAGGGAGGAGAAAUGGAUGUUUUCGCAGGCUAGAUUUUUGCACUGUGAGGAUUUAUAAAAAUGGAAGGGAACUGAUACAAUUGUGACUUUCCGCUGUACAGGUUGGAAAGAAAAAGAAGAAAAGUCGGUUAUAAUAAUGAUAAUAUUAUAAUGAUCGUUUAUUAAACCUUUUUGCAGCAUAAACUGAAUUACUAGGCAGGUCAUUAAUUACAUACAAAUACCUCGGAAUUAUGGCAUGUAAAUAUAACUGUAAUGUUAAGACAUAUCACAUUUCGCUAUUUUAAACGUGAUUCUGGUAUUUGAUGGUGUAAAAAUUUCCCAAACUGUUAGUUCUUGAGGAGACAGGCACAGAAACAGAUUCUCCUGUUCUAAGGGCAUACGGUCUUGUGUGGGCAACUCGCGGCACUAAGCUUCGUAGCAGGUCGGAAGAAGAGUAACUUCGCUUGAGAAAUGUUAUGCACGCAUCCUCCCUCCUCUGGCGCGCAAAAUUAAGCCUGAUUUCUUAAGCGCGUCCUCAUAGCACAGAGAAGGUUCUAGUAGAACACAAAUGUAAUCGUGAAAACUAAAAGUUGUAGGUAUAAUAACAGUAAAAUUAUUCAAGAGAAUUUGCCAACCUUCUGAUUUCUUUUGGUGUCGAAUUUUUUAUGCUGCUUAUUUUACGUACUUUUAUUGAAGUGGAGCAAUGAGACUUACGGAUAAUGAGCCCCACCAACGUUUCGCAAAUGAACAGAAAAUAAUGGACAAGGUUCGCUACUUAAUUAAGAAAGUUCAGAAAUACCCAAAAUUCAUAAACACUUUAUACUAUAAAAUACUAGCAAGAAAAAUAUUUCAUGAUUAAGAACCGUGAGAGGAAAAAGAGCAGCAGGAACAUGAGUCACUGUUAGUGUUGUUUUCGCCAUUUAACAGUUUAUUAACCACCCUGUUAUAAAAAUGUUUAUUAAUGAAGUUGCUUCCACAACCAAACUAUUCUUCAGACAAAUAAAGUUUUUUUUUUCACUGGUCUCAUGACAUCAUUCUGCAAGUUCAAAGGUCGCUGACUGUUUUGAAAUGCAAAUUGCUAUCUAAGCCGAAUUAUAAAAUUACUAAUAACUUGUGAACCUUUUGAUUUCUUUGGCACGACAGCAGAAAAAUUUUCGAGAACACCUUGCCUUUUCGCUGCCAUUUCAGUCAAAACAGGUGAAGCAUGUGCUUUGAGUUCACGUGGAGUGUCACGCAAAUGUUACAUAACAACUGUGACAGGGAAUUCCUGGUUGCAACUUGAUGCGAUGGUAGAUGCGACUUUCAUUGAUUUGUUACGGUAACCCUCUGUAAUUUGCUCGAAUUUGUAUACAAACUCAGUAAUUUUUUCAAACAAAAUUGCUAUAAUUCGGAGAUUUAGGAAUUAAAAUUCCUAGUUAGUAAAGCCAGAAAAGCCAUUUUACUUUCAAGAAAGAAAGUGGUUGAUGACACGCAAUCAGUCCAAAACAGACUGAUUGUCCGAAGUAGGCGGCGGAAUAAAGCAAAGUAGCCGUCGGUCCAUCGCUGGUAGCUGCCUUCUAUUGAAACCUUUGAUAUGUUGUAGUUCUGUUCAAUUUUAUCCUUGGGUUAGAUUUUAUUUCCCUUUAUUUUCGAGUAUGGGUAUGGUACUGGUUGGUAACGAAUGAUAGUGAUUCAUACUAAAUGGAAAUAAAAUUUAAACCAAGGAUAAAAUUUAACCACAACAUAUACACCGAUUGUUUAUAGAGAAUUUAAAUUAUGCAAUCAAUAACUUAUCAACAUAACAUUUGUUAACAGUCAUAACAACGAUCUUUGGUGUGACAGUUUAUCGGCUCACAUCAGACUUCAAAACAUGUCACAUCAGUCAUAAACCAAACUCCCCUUUCCCAAGUCUGGAAGGGACAUUUUAAAGGUCUCAAGGGCUAAAUUGUUUGCUGUUUCUCUCAUUGCCUAGACUGCUUGCCGUCCGCCUUUUCUCUUAAAAUCCGUCUAGUCCUUAUCUCAUCCAUUGCAAUUGCAAACCGCAACGUUAUUAUUACAACAAGGGAUUGAGACCAGACAAGAAAAGACGGACUGCUCACUCUUUUUCAGUAAACAAACGCUUCGUCAGCCCAGAAACGAAGUAACCAAUUGGUCAAUUGCACAGCUGUUGACAGAUAAUUGACUGGUCUGUGGUAAGAUUGCAAGCAAUAAAAAUAGUCACGCGUCACAACCAACUGCAAACAAUAGCAAACCUGAAGCAGUAAUCUCAGUAAUAAAACUUUUAAGGAUAUCUUACGGAAGGAAACUGCUGUAAAUUUCCUCAACAGAAACAAAUUCAAGGCAAUCUUACCAGAUUUAAAGAAAUUGUAAUUUUUUCAGAUGUUUAAGUUGUAUUUACAAAUCGUUUCAAGUUACUCGGGGUUUAAUUGAUUAAUUAAAUUACCUUGACAGCGUUGUUGUCCUCAGACAAAACAAAAGAGUCAGCAGUCUCUUAUUUUUCUUCUCGAGGCUCACGGCUUUGCGGCUUGCGUGGUUAGGUUUCACUUGCAGUAACUUUGCAAAGAAAAAUAAGAGACUGCUCACAGUCUACUUAUUGCCUUCUUGCCCCCUCCCCCAUUGUUUCCUGGUUCAACCUCUGUUCAGCACUCAUGUGGUUGUAUCUUUUACUUUGCAAACCACCCAAAGAAAAACACCAAAAAACUGGCAGCUAUGCAGGCUAUGGUAUUCACUAUUGGCAUUUCAGAAUGUGAUUCAGGUUAUUUGUAGAUUGAUCAAAAUGUUUUUUUAUAACAGCUAUUGUCAACGAAUCUUUAACCUCUGGUGAAUUCCCUUCUGCGCUUAAACGAUCUUUGAUUCGUCCAGUCCUGAAGAAGCCAGGUCUUAACAAGGAUGUUUUAAAAAAUUACCAACCUGUAGCCAAUAUUCCUUUCCUAGCAAAAGUCAUUGAGAAGGUUGUCACGUUUCAGACACAUUCAUACUUGGAGGAUAAUCUAUUAAUGCCUUCUAUGCAAUCCACCUAUCGUAAACAUCACUUGACCGAGACUGCCCUUCUGCAAGUGAUGAAUGACGUUCUUAGGACUGUUGAUUGUCGGCGAGACGUUGUUUUAGUGAUGCUUGAUUUGUCAGCUGCAUUUGACACCCUAGACCAUACUAUACUUUUAGAUAGGCUGAGUAGAUACUUCGGUUUUUCCAACACAGUGCUAAGAUGGUUUUUGUCUUGUCUUACUGGUUGGAUACAAUCUGUUACUAUUGGUAACACAACAUCUAGCAGUGGGAGAAUGUGGAGUUCUGCAAGGUUCGAUACUCGGUCCUCUCUUGUUUAUUCUUUAUGCAGCACCCAUUCAAGACAUAAUCUCGGCUCAUAACCUAGACUGUGUGUUCUACACAGAUGACUCUCAACUCUGCAUAACUAUUCACCCUCAUGAUCAAUGUCCUGCCCUCAACACCCUUCAGAAGUGUAUCAGUGAAAUCAUAGAAUGGAACUCCAUCAAUAAGUUAGUGUGUAAUCCUAGUAAAACCAGGGCUUCUGAUAGGUCGCGGAAGCAAAAGUCAAAUUUCGCGGGAUUUUUAGGGACAAAUUCGCGGAAAAAUUGGCUGAUUUCGCGGGAGUUUUCGGGGCAAACUUCACCAAAAAGCAAUCGGUCAAAAACGGCUGAUUUUGAGGUUAUUUUCAAGGCAAAUUUCCCUAGAAAUCAAUCGGUUUUGCGCUGAUCAGACCAGCAUUUUUAACGUUUUUCUAACAGAGGUCAUCAUUUGCUCUAUCAACAACAAUACCCUCCAGAAAUGAACCAAUGGUAAAGCCUUUAGCAUCAUGGCUAGUGCCCAGUUUUUCACAACUUAAUCUACGCCUGGUAGUUUCGGGACGUUGUUUGCACGUUUCAGUGACGAAGUUCCAAGAUAAAUUUGCAAGUUUACGGCAAGUAAAUAGCCCCUAUCGCUGAAAUAAGUUUCAAAUAUAGACAUGUAUUUGAUAAGAUUUCUACUGAAUUUCACGGUAUUUUUCAUGUUUUUGUGAAUGUCAUGGGAUUUCAUGGAUUUACCUGAAUUUCGCGGCUCUGCAACUCCACGAAAUAUCAAACAGAAAACAGAUGUCAUUCAGUUUAGUCCUCGUUUUGUCAAGAACCCAAUUCUCAGUGAUUUUUUGAUUGGCAAUGCUAGCCAAGAGUACAACCAUUAGACCAAGUUUGUAAUCUUGGUGUAAACCUAGAUAGAGAGCUCAAUCUUAGUUAUCAUAUUUAUGAAACAUGCAAAAAGGCUAUGCUAGCGAUUCAAUUCAUUGGCAGAUUGAGCAAGUAUCUGAGCAAGGAUCACCUUAAGAUGAUGGUCAAUGCUUUUGUUGCAUUGUGCUUGGAUUAUUGUAACAAUUUAUACUGUGGCUUACCCAAGCGAGAAAUAGACAAGCUGCAAUGUGUUCAGAACUGUGCCGCAUGCUUGGUUUUAGGAACAAGAAGAUCUGACCAUAUAACUCCUGUCAUGAAAGACUUGCACUGGCUUCCUAUUGGUGCAUGCAGUGAUUUUAAAAUAUUGCUUUUAAGAUUUAAAAUUUUAAAGGAUUUAGCUCCUUUCUAUUUGCCUUCACUCCUUCUCAAAUACCAGCCGUCUCGUUUACUCUGCUCAUCUAAUAGAUUGCUUUUACAAGUUCCUUCUGUUAAUACUAGGGCUUAAGGACACCACUCAUUUUCAUAUAAUUUAUGCAAUGAUAGUCUGGAACAGUCUACCUGAUCAUAUCAAAAACUCUGAAUCUGUUUCUACUUUUAAGCAAAAUUUGAAAACUUUUCUUUUUAGGAAUAAUUACUAUAUAUAGUUUCAUUUAGACUUUAUUUACUAUUGUAAGCACAUUGAGAAUUCUUUAAAUGCACCAUAAAAACCUACUUUUAUUAUUAUUUAUUUAUUUGUUUACAAAUGAUAACAUUUUUCUUUGAGAUAUUACCCCAGCCUUUACAAUUGUUUAAAGAUCAUACAGACAUGGCAUUUGAUGAUAUAUUUUAUUUGCAGCUGUGGAAAAGGUUUGUUUCUCGUUUGCAUCUCAAAGACAACACUUCAUUGUGCCAGACACUGUGGGUGCACUGACAAACAGCAUGAACCUUGUUCUCCGCAUUGACCCUAGUGAAUGCCACUUCAUAAAGUGUGAAGAAGUUGCUUCAAAUUGGUUUAACCUAAUGUUUGAACUGCCUAAUAGAAGAGAAGUGGUGGAUAAACUCUGUCUAAAUGCCUUAGAAAAGGAACCCUGGCUUGCCCAAUGUGGUGUCAGAGCCGUAAAAAUUGGUGACAAGUCUGAGAUCCAUAUGCAGACACCAAUUACACGUUCUGUUCCGACAUCCAUUGCAGAAGCUAAUCUUCCAUGCUCACAAGGUAGGAUGCUUCCUUCCUUCCUUCUAACAGCUGUACAGUCAUUAAGCUAUUGCCACCUUGGUACAGAGGGUGGGGAGGGAAAGGUUCCUCCCUCAUCUUGGUUUUCCCAAUGGACUUCUUGAUCCCAAAUCACAACUGAUCAUGCACUAUUGAUCCCAGGUGUUCUUAAAUGGCUGAAAUUUCUCCUUGUCUAGUGGCCCAUUAAUUGUAUUCUACAGUUUUAUAACUGAUUGGUUGAUACAAAAAUUCUUGUUUGGGGAAAGUAGAACCAGCAGCAACUAAAAUGUUAAUCAGUCUUGCCACCAGUUUAAUGUAUUCAACUUUGAGCAAGAACUUUUUGUAUCACGUGGUCAGCAUUUGGAAAUUAUAAUAAGCCUGCAAGGCAAAGUGAAAUUUAAGCCCUGACUUGACAGGAUAUCUGGGAGCAAUAGUGAUCUAUUAGAAAUCUUAUGACAUACAUGAACUAAGACACUGUAAAAUUCUUAUCUUUGGAGAUUUACAAUAUUUUUUAAACAUUGGUAUUUGGUUGGAAUAGAAGGAUGUUGUUAUACCCUCAUGAUACAAUAAUCAUUUUUUUUUCUGAUAGAGAAAAUAGCCUUUUACCUUUUUUGUCAGAAUAUAGCCUCUGGUAGCUCUACCACUUUGUAGUUGUUUGUACAUACUCAAAGUUAUAAAGUUAUCUAUGACCUUUAGAAAUAGAAGGGGUAGUGGCACAAGGGAUGAGGACUGGCUACAAAGAUUGUUUAUGGGUGGUUCAGUUUAUCAAAAUAACUAAAAUUCAUCUUUUGCUGUCUUUCUUACCUAAUUUAGUAUUAUUUUUAUGAGCAGCUUUGUUUGUUUUACUGUCAACUACCAAAACUGUGAACACCUAAAAUAUUUCUGGAACCUUUAUUGUGUUAUUGAAAUCACAGCAAAGGUCAUGACAAAUCAAAAAUCAAGCAUUGAUAAGAAAAAAAAACUAUCAAAAAUCUAGGCCUAAAAUUAUGAAUGCCUGAUUGGCUUUUUCCUUGCUUUUUCCUUGCAGCACAAUAGCAUUCCAGAAAUAUUUCUGGCUCCAGUUGUUCAAAUGUUAGAUAGUGUUAUCCACUGGAUAAAUCAUCAUCCAGCAGAGAAGUAUUAGGGAAACUAAUAAAUUAUUGCAUUAUCCACUGAAUAGUGAUUUAUUCAGUGGAUAGCAUUAUCAACCUUUCGAAAAACUAGGCUCUGGUGGUGACUGUUUUGUUGGUUUCACAGUAAGGUUACAUGUAGCUCAAAAGUGGAUAUCUCUAUCAAACUAGGUACAUGUACUGUGCGUAACUCAUUCAUCCAUGGAAGUCAUUUCAUAAGGUGCCACUGAAAGCUUCUUGAGCUGUUUUCUGGUCGACCCUACUUGCAAAAAAAGUCAAAGCUGUCCAAAGCAUUAUUUGUAAGUCAAGCACUAUGCUACCUUUUGUUCCUGAUGGUACAUUGUAGCUUCUGAAGUUCGCCAAACUGUAGAAGGCAAAAUUUCAAUCCCACCUCCAUUGAUUAGUGAAUCAACCUUCCCACUUUUUGAAAAUAAGACUGACCUAUUGUAAUCUUUCUAUUUAUAGAUGUGUCUCAUCAUGCACCUUGCUUGCAUGAUGAUCGAAAGUUAGAUUUGAUAGUUGUUGUUGACUGUGCUACCACAAAUGCUGCCAUUCUUGGGCAGCUCAAGACACAGCUAAAGCAUAUGGUGGAUGCCAUGUCCAAAAAAAGUGCCCAUUUCCGUCUGGCAAUAAUUAGUUACCAAAAUCAUCCCAAUCCUGGACGAAGAGGCCAAACUGCAUCUGUUUCCAACAUAGCUUCUGUUGUUAACUUCACGGAUGACAAAUCAAAAAUGAAAGAGAACAUCACCAGCUUGAGGUGUUUUGGUAACAGUGGCUCUAGGAGAGGCCUGGCUGAUGGACUGGCUUUAGCUGUUCACCUAAGCAAUAACAAUGAUGAUGAUGAUUGUAAGAAUGAUUAUAAAUGCCGCCGAGAAGCCCUCACAGUCUGUGUAUUGCUGCGUGAGUAUGCAUGUUUGCAAUGGGAAAAAAUUACUAAGACUUUCAACAUUUCGUGUGAAAAUACCAUGUUAUAUUCACACAUGAAAUGAUCACUGUUGCUACAGUUACACUAAAUCACGCCUUCUGCAGAAAAAAAAAUAUUUAAGUGAAAUGUUCUUCUUUUAUAAUACAGUGUAAUUAGAACAUAUUACAUGUCUGCUUGGAGGUACAUGCACAAAAUUUCUCUUCGAGUGUAUGUUUAUGUUUAUGUUUAUGUUUAUGUUUUUUUACAACUCUCGAACAGACAUUUCUUAUCUCCAGGCGGCCAUGUAAUAUCUUCCAGUUCUGUUGAGGACAAUGCCUGGUUUUUAGAGAGUUAAUUUACUGAAAAGGUGUGAUGUAGGCAGGGAUUUUGACAAAAACCCUUAAGAACAUACAGUACAUGAUACAUGUAUUACUGUUGAUGGAGUUUUAUAAUUUGAAAUAAGACCCUUUACUCCUGAUCUAAUAUCUGCUCCUUUCGAGUUACAAGAUAAGGAAAAUCUACUAGUGGUUUAUCAAAAGUCACUUGGGGGCUCUAUUCCAGACACGUGACCCCUUCAGUUGUCAAUGGUUCCUUCAACAGUUUUUCAAGUUUUGAUAAAGACCCGUAAACGAAUAUCUAUCAACACUGCUGGAAAAAAAGCCUUAAAGUUAGGAAACUUACCAAGUUCAAAUGUGAUACGUCCAAAGCGAACGAAGAUUUUUCUCCACAAAGUCGCAGAAUUUUACAAAUGUUUGUAUGGUGGGGGGCACGAACUUGCCCCCCCCCCCCCCCCCCCCCCCCCCCAACCACGCCCAAAAAAUCCCCGGCUUUUUGUCCUCUUUUUUUUUUGGGUUUUUAAAAUUUUUUAAAAUUGUGAAAUAAUUUUUUAUUUAUGGGUUUUUUUUUUGUGUGUAUCCGCGGGGGGGGGAGAGUGGGAGGGGGGAGGGGGGGGGGGGGGGGGCAAGUUCGUGCCCCCCACCAUACAAACAUUUGUAAAAUUCUGCGACUUUGUGGAGAAAAAUCUUCGUUCGCUUUGGACGUAUCACAUUUGAACUUGGUAAGUUUCCUAACUUUUAACACUGCGGGAAAAAAAGCCUUAAAGGUAUGAAAAUUUUCAAGUUUAAAUGUGAUACGGUGAAAAAGAAAGAAUAUUUUUCCCCACAAAGUCGCACAAUUUUACAAAUGUUUUUAUGGGGGGGGGCACAAACGUGCCCCCCCCCCCCCGCCCCGCACCAUAGAAACGGCUGUAAAAUUUCGCGGCUUUUUGGACCUAUGUCUUCGUGAGUUUUAAACAACUUUAAAAGUUGGAAACAUUACUGAUUUUAAGGGGUUUGUUCCAGUCGUGAUACCCGUGGAAGGGUCAAUGAUGAUGCUGAUGAUGAUUGUUAUUUGCAAUUACAGCUUUAGAAGUUCAAGUUGGUACUCUUGAUAUUUUCAAAUGUACAUGUACCCAUGACCAUGAUGUCUUAAGCCUCUGUAGACAACUUGCUGCGAAUGCCGUUACACUUUACGUGGUGAUGAGGAGUUCGAAGCCAGGAAUACCUCUCUAUCUUCCAAACCCUGGACGUCGUAUUGAUCUCAUGGCAGAGUUUUUUACAGGAAUUUCCCUGAUGACUGGCGGGCAGUUUAUCUACAGCGAAAGUGUCAAGCUUGUUUCUGAGGUAAUUCUCGUGCCUUAGAAUGCAAUUACGUUAAAUCUGUUAAAGAGCCUGUGACACACGUCUGCGCAUGUGCGGUGUUUUGAUUUCUGCUCGACGGAAAGUUUUUCAAAGUUAGUUUUCGGUGAAGAAAACUUUUCGCAUCGACCUAAUGAGUUUUGAGUAUUUUAUAUACCUCUUUCUUUGCUUUCAUACCGUACAGUGUGAUCGAACACACGCACUUUGUUAUGGUAGACCGCGGUUUUGUUUACUGCUUGCGCUCGACAAAGAAAAUACUCUAAUUACGGUCAGUUCGCCUUGCUGACUCUUCUUGCCUGGAACGUUUAACAAAAAGGAAUUAACAACUGCUUGUUUCCUAGGGUUCGUUUCGUUCGAUAUUAUUUUAGUACUAGAUUAUAAACUGAAGGCGAGUAAACAUACGGAAAAGGUAGAUGACUGAAAAAAGGUUACAUGUGGAUGUUGCUAGGUAUCUGAAUGACCCUUACCCAAUACAGGUGUCCGCUCGUUUCGCUACAAGGCGAUUCGCAGGGGAAGUUUUAAAGUCGUUUCGCUGCAUCGCAAAGUUGAAAACUGCUCCAAAGUUUGCUAGUGUUUGUUCGAUGAUUAACUCAGUGAAAUGGUAAUUAACUCGUUAGUAUUAUUCGUUUGUAGUUAAUUUUAUGUGUCUUUUGAACGGUUUUAUUCAAAAAGUCAAUUUCAGCGCCAUCCGAACAUGAUGCAGCGAAACGACUUUGCAGCGAAUCGACUUCAUUUUGCAGCGAGUUGACUGGUAAGCCCAACUGUCACUGGCAUUUUUUACCCUAACACAAAGAGGUUUAACCAAGAGUCUGUCGGAACUGGAUGGACAAACCAGUCAUUUUGCUACAGCUUUGAUUCGCAGUAUAGACUAUCGCUUCUUGUUCUUAAUGAUCUGUAAUAGAGGAAAGCAUUUUCAGUGAAUUUUAUUGGACGUGACGUCAUCCGGGUUGAUCUUUAGAACUGAGUUUUGAGGGUGGAGGUGCUACCACGCCUGUUAACGCAAGAUGAAAGUUUUAAAAAGCAUUCAUCUUGAGGAAUAAAUAUAACUUACGUUAAAAACGUUUUUGGUGUUUUGCUUAUAGAUAAUUAUCUAUAUCGUUGAGGUGGAUAAAUCUAUGGAGCGCCUCUUUGGUACAGCUCAUGAUAUUAUUCUUGACGAAAUCGAGAUGAACGACGGAGAGGUGGUCUUGGAAGAGCUGCUUACCAAAGUUCAAGAAGAGCUCACUAAACGAUCUUUGCAUGUUAACCUCAUAGCAAUUAAUGGAUCAACCACUGGUCCAAGCUCCAAGUUAGCAAGCAAGUUUUCAUUGGACGACAGCAUUGACACUGCCUCCAAAACAUGGCAAAGAGAAAUGAAAAAAAUGCGGGAAGCGGAUUCGGCCAUUGCAUCAGGAACUCCAGAUGACGUCAACAUGGAGGAAGCAGCUGGUCCACAAGUUCAACUGCUGGAAAAACAGAAUGUAACGAGGGAAGUUUCAGAAAGAAUGGUACGGAGAGUAGUUGUGCGUAGAGAGCAAUAUCGGCCUAGAAAAUAG